AUGUCGUGCUUUGGUUGGGCAGCUGCUGGUUUUGAUCCCGGACCUCCAAGAACAAAACCUUCGAAGCCAAUCAAGAAAGGCCGCGCAAAAGGGUUUGGAGCAGCGCCUGCAGCCAGUGGCACGCGCCGUGUUUCAAGAGAGGAGCAGCGAAGGCAGCAACGGCUGGGCAAGGACCCGUCCAUGAACAAUGCCAGAAAAGUCCUCCUCAGCGAGACAGCCGAACAACGGUUUAGCCUCGGAGAAGCGGACAUAGAUUUGGUGAUACCAGCAUACGUCCUCGAUAUCAGCCGGUUUACAAGAGAAGUUGAAGCCGGCGCCGGUACUGUUUCGGACAUCGUGUGGCCAGCAGAGCAAGUUCUUGCAGAAAUCCUCUUGCAGAGGAAAGAGCUUUGGCAAGCGCGCGGUUUAUGUGAGAUUGGAGCCGGACUUGGGCUAGCAGGCAUUGCUGCUGCCAAGCUUGGGGCGCCGAAAGUGCUGAUCAGCGACAGGGACUCGCUGGUUUUGGAACUUUCGAAGCAGUCAGCCCAACGGAAUGGUGUUGCAGACAGGGUGACCACCGCAGCUUUCGAUUGGUCAGACAAAGAUAGCUGGCCACCACCCUUCGGUGGCAUGAUAGCUGCGGCAGACGUUCUGUAUGACAAGGAAGUCGUCGCGUGGCUCGUGGACCUGAUUAUUCACUUCGCCGGACCUGCUCUUCUUAUGGAGCCAGACAAUGUAGAAAGGCAGCAGCUUGGCUCGGUGUCGUACUUCGAGGACCUGUUUCAGCCCUUCACAGCCAUCCUCACCGAUGCAGCCGGCGCAACACUGGCAACCGUGCCGAAAGCAUCUUUGGCUCCCUUCGAUCCCCAGGAGCGUCCGAGGAGUCGCAGAAACCUUGGCAGCCGGAUGCGAGCAGUGAAAGAGGAAGAGGAAGGCACUGCGCAAAGCACGAGCUUCAACAUAGAAGUUGAAUAUGAAGCUGAUUGGACACAGGAAGAAGGUGACGGUGCUGCGGCCUUGCGCCCAGCUGAAACGGGCCGGGCCAUCUUCUGUGGCAGCAGCGAUGUUAGCACCGCGACUUCCAGCAGUGCUUGGCCUGAAGACUUACAGGAAAGGCUCGAUGCUGAAGAGGAUGAGGUGCACCUUCGUCAGAAAGAGCUGGCAGGCCGGUCCGACAGGAGAAGUCGAAGGUGUGGCCACCAUCGCGAUCUGGCUGAAGAGGUCGCAGGCCAAUCAGCUGUGGCGCAACCGCAAGUCCGGAUUCUGGUGCGGUCGGCCGUUGCCGAGACCAAGCCUUGUGACGAAGGAAGGCCAGCCAAGAAGGCUGUACCCUGUCACCAGCAGGAAGAGGAUCCCUGGGUGUCAGGUUUGGAUCCAUGGGCUGCUGCCGCGCUACCACGUCAAACGCAGAAGGGGCAAGCGUCGGAACCAAGGCGAGCGUCUGCUUCCAAUGGCAAAGGCCGGCGAGGCAAUGGCCGGAACUGA